AUGGCACCAAAGAGCAACAAGUCCAUGACUGCUCAUUCCAAGGCUACUGAUGUUGCACAUGUUGCCACCAAUACCCGCGCUAUUGGUCCCGUGACAAGGAGUAUGACGAGAACUUCCACCCAAAGUAGCAUGGAAGCUCCAUCGGCACCAACUCCCGUCUUCGGUUCAACAUCAUCAAUGAGCUAUUCUUCCGCGACGGGGAUCCAAGACGUUCCUGCCUCAAUUGAGAAGGCUCUCGCCAUGCUCGAAUUUGGAUUCGAAUCCAAAUUUUCUGAGCAUGAUGAUGAUUCAUCAAGCACGGGAUCAGCUUCUUCACAUGAAACCCUUCAAUCAAAAUUUUCUAUGGAAGAUUCUGCUGCUUCUUCUACUGCAAUGCCUGCUAUGAUGACAAAUGCUUUAAGUCUCGAAGAGCAAGUUUCGAACAUGUUCAAGAUGAUGGAAACCAUGAUCAAACACAUCAAGGACCAAGAUGCUCUCAUUGCUCAACUGCUCACCCAGAAAGAUCGCGCUCCUGAAGGAAGCCAUGCGAACCAAGAGCGUGAAAUUCCCUCGUCUAAAGGCAAAGACAAGGUGAAGGAAGUAUAUGUGACCGCCGAUGGAACUAUCCCCGUGGAACAACUGAAAGAACUUGUUGAAGGCGUGAUCAAAGAUAAAAAGGAGGGUGGUUCAAAGUCAAGCUUUACCUACUGCAAGCCUUACACUGCUAGAAUCGACAAUCUCGCAAUGCCUGCUGGAUAUCAACCGCCUAAAUUUCAACAGUUCGAUGGGAAGGUCAAACAGUUCGUCCGAUCCUUGAAGGGUAACGCGUUUGAUUGGUACACUGAUCUCACUCCGGGGUCCAUCGACAGUUGGGAACAGUUGGAACAAGAGUUCUUGAAUCGCUUCUACAGCACUAGAAGAACCGUCAGUAUGCUGGAGUUGACUAACACUCGUCAAUGGAAGGAUGAACCUGUGGUCAACUACAUUGAUAGAUGGAGAAGUCUGAGUCUCAACUGUAAGGACAGACUGUCUGAACCCUCCGCCAUAGAAAUGUGCAUUCGAGAAAUGCAUUGGAGCCUAAGCUACAUUCUGCAGGGUAUACGCCCAAACACAUUUGAAGAAUUAGCUACUCGUGCUCAUGACAUGGAGUUAAGCAUCACGGCCAAUGCAACUGAUGGGCUUCCUAUUCAAAUUCCGCGAGUGCAGCCGCCUCGUCAAAGCAAUGAAAGGCAAGAAAAUAAAAAAGGGGGCAAGCCUCCUUCAAGACUCAGUAAUAAGGAGUCCAUGGCAAUAAAUACAGCCCCCAUGAAAAUUGCUACCAAAGUGAGCCGAAAGGUCACUGAGAGGUUGGAUCCAUUUCAAAAUAGGUCAAUAAAAAGACCCACGUUAAAAGAGAUGCAAGAAAAAGAAUACCCAUUUCUUGAAUCUGAUUUACAAGGGAUGUUUGAUGACCUUUUCAAGGAGAAACUCCUUGAACUUCCCGAAAUGAAGCGUCCAGAGGAAGCCGGUCAAGUCAAUGAUCCAAACUAUUGCUGUUAUCAUCGCCUGAUUGGCCACCCUCUCACUAAAUGCUUUGUCUUUAAAGACAAAAUUAUGGAAUUGGCCCGUCAAGGAAAGAUCCUUCUCGAGGAAGAUAAAGCAUCGGUAAACCAAACAACAAUAAUGUUUAGAUCUGUGUGUUGCCCGAUAGAAGUUCUACCCACAUCAAGCAGUGCUCUGUCUGUACAAACGGAGUUUGAAAAAUCGUCAAUUGAAAAUGUUGUUGAAGAUGAUAAUGAAGGAUGGACUUUAGUCACUCGAAAAAGGACCUGCAAGCCAAAGACAAAGAAGCACAUCUUUCCGAAAAGCAUGCGCUCGACAAAGGCUAAAGUAAUAGUGAAACGACAAAAUGCAACAAAGAAACAAAAGAGAGUCACCACAACACCAAUUUCGUCAGAUUUUCAGCUUCUUCAAGAGGUUCGACAGCCCGUGACAUUGAGAGAAUUUAUACCCAAAGGGUAUUUAAGUGAUGAUACUGAUAAAUCCACUUCUUGUAAUGUCGUCAAAGCUGAAAAUCCUCAAGUCACACAAAUUGGCACUGAAUUUGAGAAAAAACUCAAAGUCGAUGAUAAACCACUGGUGGAUUGUGCAACGACCAUCAUUUUUUAUGAUGACGAUUUAACUGUUGAGUUCAAGACCCACAAUCGACCUUUGUUUGUUAGUGCAUAUGUUCGAGAACAAAAGAUGAAUCAGAUACUCAUUGAUGGGGGAUCUGCUGUCAAUAUCAUGUCCGUACGUGCUAUGAAAGAGUUAGGAAUCUCAAGUGAUGAACUCUCCCAGAGCCGCCUCAUGAUCCAAGGAUUUAACCAAGGGGGGCAAAGAGCAAUUGGCCUCAUAAGGCUUGAAUUGCUCAUUGGUGAGCUGUCUUCAAGCGCGUUAUUUCAUAUCAUUGAAGCCAAAACCUCUUAUAACAUGCUAUUGGGAAGGCCCUGGAUUCACGAGAAUGAAAUUAUACCAUCUACUCUGCAUCAAUAUUUCAAAUAUUGUCGAGACGGUAUUGUUAAGAAAGUUACUGCCGAUGACAAACCUUUCACGGAAGCCGAAACUCACUUUGCCGAUGCCAAAUUUUAUCUUCACAAAGAAGCAAAAAGAAAGGAAUCGGUAAAGGAAGAAAGUCAAGAUUCCAAAGUACCCAUUUUGCGGUAUACUCCAAGAUCAAAGAGAGAAGAAGGUCAGUCUUCUUUUAUCAGAAAUGACACAUUAAAUGUUCCGCUCACCAAGAUAGAGCCUGUUAAAAUUGAGAAGGUGAGCUUGCAAGGGUUUGUCCGUCCCAAAGAAGAACCGGUAGUGGAACAUUACUCGCUACCAACUAAUCGGACUCAAGAAGGUUUUGAUCCAAACGCCUAUAGACUUCUUGCUAAGGCGGGUUAUAACCCAAAUGAGAAGAAUACAUUGGGCAAACUCCCUCCUGAAGUAACUGGCGAGAACACUCACGGAUUGACACCUACGCAGAAAAUGUUGAAAGAAAAAGGCUAUAAUGUUGAAAGUCCAUCGAUGGGUGUUGGUUAUCAACCGCCCUCUCCUGUUCGUAUAAUGAUCAAAAGAGCAAGUUGUAACUAUGUGAACGAAGAAAUGGAGGUCACAAGCCGAAAGAGAUCUGUGUUCGACCGAUUGGGAAAUAAGUCAAAACGUACUUCUAUGUUUGACAGACUUGGCCCGCAGCCGAAAAAUCUGAAGUCGCCUGUCUAUAAGAGAUUCGGCAGUAAAAAACAAGAGUACCAAGUUGCCAGGGAAGAAAGUCUUACUCCAAUAAAGAGGAACGGACCAAGAAAGCGAGUCUCCAAUUUCUUCAUGCACUAUGGAGACUUAUUCAAUGUAAGAAUUGAAACCAUUUUUGAAGAACAGGGGCAAGAAAGUAUGGCUUCCUGUCACCAUAUUACGAUCAGUGAUCCCGAAAAAGAAGAAGAAGAUGCAAAUGACGCUCCCCCUGAACUUGAACAAGGGGUAAAAAAUACAGUCGAUGAGCUAAAAGAGAUUAACCUUGGCACAAGCGACGAUCCUCGCCCAAUUUACAUAAGCUCUUGUAUGACUCCUGAAGAAGAAAUAGAGUAUGUUGAUUUGCUGCUCGAGUUCAGGGACGUCUUUGCCUUGAAUUACUCAGAAAUGCCUGGUUUGGAUCCAAGGGUCGCCGUUCAUAAUUUGUCUGUCAAGCGAGGAACAAAACCUGUCAAGCAAACGCAAAGGCGCUUUCGGCUCGAAUUGAUUCCUCUGAUAGAAAAUGAGAUAAAUCGAUUGAUUGAAACCGGAUUCAUACGAGAAGUAAAAUAUCCAACAUGGAUUUCAAGCAUCGUCCCUGUAAGGAAGAAUAAUGGGCAAAUUCGAGUUUGUGUUGACUUUCGAGACUUAAACGAGGCUUGCCCUAAAGAUGAUUUUCCUCUCCCCAUCACAGAAUUGACGGUAGAUGCUACAACCGGGCAUGAAGCACUAUCUUUUCUCGAUGGAUCGUCUGGCUACAAUCAAAUACGCAUGGCGCCCGAGGAUGAGGAGCUAACUGCCUUCCGCACCCCCAAGGGAAUUUAUUGCUAUAAAGUAAUGCCGUUUGGCUUGAAAAACGCUGGAGCGACAUAUCAAAGGGCAAUGCAAAGAAUAUUUGAUGAUAUGCUCCAUAGAAAUGUGGAGUGCUACGUUGAUGACCUUGUGGUGAAAUCAAAGAAGCGAAAGGAUCAUAUUCAAGACCUUCGAAGAGUUUUCCAACGCCUUCGGAGAUACCAAUUAAAGAUGAAUCCUUUGAAGUGCGCAUUCGGAGUCACUUCUGGCAAGUUUCUUGGUUUCAUCGUUCAUCAACGGGGAAUAGAAGUCGAUCGAUCUAAAAUUGAUGCCAUUGUGAACAUGCCUGAACCGCGAAAUAUUCAUGAAUUGAAGAGCCUUCAAGGGAAGUUGGCAUAUAUCCGGAGGUUUAUCUCUAAUUUGGCCGGACGAUGCCAACCCUUUAGUAGACUGAUGAAAAAAGGGGUACCCUUCGAGUGGGAUGAAUCGUGUAGGAAUGCUUUUACAAGCAUCAAGGCGUAUCUCAUGAAUCCCCCAGUGUUGGCUGCGCCCAUUCCAGGAAAACCAUUGAUUCUCUAUAUUUCCGCUCAAGAACGGUCGGUUGGGGCCUUACUUGCUCAAGAAAAUGAUGAAAGUAAGGAGAAUGCACUGUAUUACUUGAGCCGGAUGAUGACAUCUAAUGAGUUAAACUACUCACCCAUCGAGAAGUUGUGUUUGGCACUUAUAUUUGUCAUUCAGAAGUUGAAACAUUACUUUCAAGCGCACACUAUUCGACUCAUAUCUAAGUCUAAUCCCAUUAAAUAUGUCAUGGCAAAACCUGUACUGUCUGAUCGACUCGCCAGAUGGUACCUCCAGUUUCAACAGUUUGAAAUUAUUUACGUACCUGCGAAGGCUGUCAAAGAACAAAUAUUGGCAGACUUUUUAGCCGAUCAUCCCCUACCUGCCGAGUAGGAGUUGACUGAUGAACUUCCCGAUGAAAAAGUGUUUAUGGUCGAAUCGUCGUGGUCAAUGUAUUUCGAUGGAGCUGCUCACCGUGAUGGAGCUGGUGCGGGAGUUGUCUUUUAUACUCCUGAAGCAGAUAUAUUGCCAUACUCUUUCACUUUAACACGCCGGUGUUCCAACAAUGUGGCUGAAUAUCAGGCGUUGAUUCUCGGUUUUGAAACGGCUGUAGACAUGAAGCAGUUGCAUCUUAGAGUCUACGGUGAUUCAAAAUUGGUGGUAAAUCAACUUCUUGGUGUUUAUGAUUUCAAGAAACCCGAAUUGAUCCCAUAUUAUAAGUAUGCAAGACAACUUAUGGGAUAUCUGGGCGAUGUCGCUAUAGAACAUAUCCCUAGAAAUUUCAACCAACAAGCUGAUUCUUUGGCAAGGGUGGCGUCCAUGAUCACUCUACCUUCUCAUCGAAAUCAGAUUUCAAUAUGUCAAAAUUGGGUCAUACCUGCGAUGUUUGAUGAAGAUGAUGAUGGUGAGGAAGAAAAUACUUAUCAUAUUUUUGUCCAUGAGAUCGAAAAGGAGGAUUGGCGUCAUCUCAUAGUAGAUUACCUUAAUCACGAGAAGUUAACAGAAGAUUCCAAGAAAAGGGUUGAUAUACGUCGUCGAGCACCACGUUUCAUUUACUACAAAGGGACGCUUUACCGAAGAUCAUUCGAUGGGGUGUUUCUACGAUGUCUUGGGGAAGAUGAGGCCAUGCAAGCAAUGGAGGAGGCUCACUCUGGGAUAUAUAGUGCUCACCAAUCUGGCCCGAAAUUGCACUUUCGCAUUAAGAGAAUGGGAUACUACUGGCCAACGAUGGUAAAGGACUGUAUCGAUUUUGCUAGAAAAUGUCAAGUUUGUCAAUUCCAUGGCAAUUUCAUCCGUCAACCUCUUGAACCAUUGCAUCCAACUGUGGCUUCUUGGCCGUUCGAUGCUUGGGGUUUGGAUAUAGUUGGACUGCUUCCAAAAUCUUCUGGAGGGCACAUUUUCAUUUUGGCGGCAACAGAUUAUUUCUCAAAGUGGGCCGAAGCGGUUCCUCUAAGAGGGGUCAAAAAGGAGAAUGUAGUAGAUUUUAUCCGCUUGCACAUCAUUUAUCGAUAUGGAGUCCCGCGGUAUAUCAUCACCGAUAAUGGUAAACCUUUUUGUAAUGUAGCAAUGAACAAACUUUGUGAAAAGUUUCAUUUCAAACAAUACAAUUCGUCCAUGUACAACGCUGCCGCAAACGGACUCGCUGAGGCAUUCAACAAGACCUUAUGUAAUCUGUUGAAAAAAAUCGUGGAUAAAUCGAAAAGGGAUUGGCAUCUUCGAAUUGGAGAAGCACUUUGGGCAUACCGAACUACUUUUCGAACUCCCACGCAAGCAACCCCAUAUGCGCUUGUUUACGGUGUUGAAGCUGUUCUUCCACUUGAGUGUCAAAUACCUUCGCUAAGAAUUGCAAUUCAAGAAGGGUUCAGUGGAGAAGAUAAUGUUCGUCUUCGCCUUGAGGAAUUAGAAGCACUCGACGAAAAGAGAUUGGAAGCUCAGCAACGGAUUGAGUGUUAUCAGGCUCGCAUUUCAAAGGCAUUCAAUAAGCACGUUCGACCCCGCUCUUUUCAAAUUGGAGAGUUAGUGCUCGCCGUUCGGAGACCAAUCAUUCUCACUCAUGGCGGACAAAGAAAGUUUACUCCUAAGUGGGAUGGUCCAUAUGUCGUUCGAGAAGUAUAUACAAAUGGCUCAUACAAGUUGGUUGCUGAAGAUGGAUUAAGGGUUGGCCCCAUCAAUGGCAAGUACCUAAAAAGGUACUAUGCAUAAUCGGAACCGCGCGAUGCUCCUGGCCCGCAUGAGCUAAAACUGUGGAUGGCAACCACCAAUAGUGUAGUAUGUGGUUAAACUGCUGAAACACUCCACCAAGUCUAAGGUGGUAAACAAAUAGAUACUCUUGGCCCGCAUGAGGUUAAAAUGCGUUCGGCAGGAACUACGUGUGACUUGAUUCCCUUGUUGGGAUACGUAGGCAGCUUGGAGGGCAACUUCUAAGUUCAGUUACACCACUCCAAAUCAAAUCCUUGUUCCUUGCACACAAAAAAAAA